ACCUGAUACUGGAGCUGAGAAGCUGCAACUUUUGGCUGAGACACUGUUUCUACGGCAUGUCUGGGAUGGCUGGUGAUAUCCAGUUCCUACUUUGGUUGCUGCUCUUGAGCAACUCAUCAUCCUGUUUCGGUUCUGAACUUGAUAUCCAAUGCCUGAAGACUAUACAACAAUCAGUAAUUGAUCCCAAGGGCAUACUGAAAUCCUCAUGGAUUUUUGACAACGGCACCGAAGGUUUCAUAUGCCAAUUUACUGGUGUGGAAUGCUGGCACCCCGGUGAGAACAUGGUUUUCUCGCUGGAUCUCGACAGCUUGGGCCUUGAAGGCCAAUUUCCUCAAGGUCUUGAGAAUUGUACAAGCAUGAGGGUCCUGGACCUGUCAACUAACAAUUUUUCAGGACCCAUCCCUUCCGACAUUGCACGGAAGGUGCCGGAUCUGGCAUCUCUGGACCUCUCCUACAAUAGCUUUUCAAGUGAGAUUCCAGUCGGCAUCUCAAAUAUGGUACACCUGAACAUCCUCAACCUUCAGCACAACCAGCUCAGCGGACAAAUUCCAGGGCAAUUCAAUGUGUUUACUCAGUUAACACAGCUCAUUGUUGCAUACAACCAGUUAUCAGGUCGUAUUCCGUCGGCAUUACAGAUGUUUCCGCCAUCAUACUUUGCUGGUAACCAAGGGCUUUGUGGUGCACCGUUGGAUGACUGUCCCCGUAAAAGGAAAUGGAGGCGGAUACGAGUCAGGUUGCCCAGAAUCAACGAUGAGUCCAGUAUAGGCGCGGCUGCCGGGUUCGUUGCGGGGUUCGUGGUAGCCUUCUACUUCCCCCACUGGUUCAUCUUCUCCCGGAGCCUCCAUCCCUACAUCUUCCGCAUAUGUUAA